UCAUGCUGUAUUCAGUAUGGAUGCUGCUUAGUACACUGCUACCCACCACUGUUACAAAUACCACCGAUUGGCCUAAAAUGAUCAUCUAUGAGCGUUAUUUUUGUUUCUGUCUGACAGAGUGAGGUGAAAAUCAAGAUGACUGACAAUGGGGAUCUUUGUCCUCACUUGGACUCUAUUGGUGAAGUUACUAAGGAGGAACUGAUUCAGAAAUCAAAGGGCACAUGUCAGUCAUGUGGAGUUGGUGGACCCAACCUCUGGGCAUGUCUACAGUGUGACUGUCCCUAUGUAGGCUGCGGAGAAUCAUAUUCUGAUCACAGUACUAUACAUGCACAGGCCAAAAAACACAAUCUGACAGUAAACUUGACCACAUUCAGGGUGUGGUGUUAUGUAUGUGAGAGGGAGGUGUUUCUGGAACCAAAGCCUGUUACUCCUGUAUCAUUAGCUCACUGCUGCAAACCACAUGAACAGGAUCCUCUUCCCCAGACAACAUGUUACCCGUUAAAAGCAGUGCCUAUCGCAGUGGCAGAUGAGGAAGGCUCAGAAUCUGAGGAGGAUGAGCUCAAACCUAGAGGUCUCACAGGGAUGAAGAACAUUGGGAACUCCUGUUACAUGAAUGCUGCACUGCAGGCCCUGUCCAAUUGUCCUCCUUUGACUCAGUUUUUCCUGGAUUGCAGUGGGUUGGUCCGUACGGAUAAGAAGCCGGCGUUGUGUAAAAGCUAUCAGAAGCUUAUCUCUGAGCUCUGGCACAAGAAACGUGUUAAUCUUACUCACUACAAACUUUUGAACGAACCUGAUAAUGAAGCUUCCAUGCAUUGUCCGUCCUCUCGUCCCUGUAGCCCCACUCGCAGUGUGCAAGAACUCCACUCCAGACUCUCCAGCAGCCCACCUAGAUCCAGCCCCCUCAGAGCUGGACCCACUUAUACAUUCAAGAGAGCUCAGAUGCUUCUGAGCACCAAGAAGAAGAAGCAGUCCCGUUUCCGCAGUGUUAUUUCAGAUAUCUUUGAUGGAUCCAUUCUGAGUCUUGUUCAGUGUUUGACAUGUGACCGGGUUUCAACAACUGUGGAGACCUUUCAGGACCUGUCUUUGCCUAUUCCGGGUAAAGAGGAUUUGGCCAAACUCCAUUCCUCCAUCCACCAGAGUGCUCCUGUUAAAGCUGGUUUCUGCACGGAUGGCUAUGCUGCCCAGGGCUGGAUCUCCUACAUCAUGGAAUCUAUACGAAGGUUUGUAGUGUCCUGUAUUCCGAGUUGGUUUUGGGGCCCAAUGGUAACGCUGGAGGACUGCCUGGCAGCCUUCUUUGCUGCUGAUGAGCUGAAAGGAGACAACAUGUACAGCUGUGAACGAUGUAAAAAACUGAGAAAUGGUGUGAAAUAUUGUAAAGUUCUGCGUCUGCCAGAAAUAUUGUGCAUUCACCUGAAGCGUUUCAGGCAUGAAGUCAUGUACUCGUUCAAGAUAAAUAGCCACGUGUCAUUCCCAUUGGAGGGUUUGGAUCUUAAGCCCUUCUUGGCUAAGGAGAGCCCAUCUCAGAUUACUACCUAUGACCUACUGUCUGUCAUCUGUCAUCACGGCACUGCUGGGAGAGGUCACUACAUAGCGUACUGUCAGAAUGUGAUCAAUGGGCAGUGGUACGAAUUUGACGAUCAGUAUGUAACAGAAGUGCAUGAGACGGUAGUGCAGAACGCUGAAGCGUAUGUUCUCUUCUACAGGAAGAGCAGUGAAGAAUCUGUGAGAGAGAGACAGAAGGUUGUCGCUCUGGCUAAUUUAAAGGAGCCCAGUCUGCUGCAGUUCUACAUCUCCAGAGAAUGGCUCAACAAGUUCAACACAUUCGCUGAGCCCGGACCCAUCACCAACCACACUUUCCUCUGUCAGCAUGGAGGAAUCCCUCCUACUAAGUACCAUUAUGUGGACGAUCUGGUUGUGAUCCUUCCCCAAAAUGUGUGGGAAUAUCUCUACAACAGGUUUGGGGGAGGCCCGGCUGUGAAUCACUUAUACGUGUGUGCCAUCUGCCAAGUAGAGAUCGAGACUUUAGCCAAACGGCGGAAACUGGAGAUAGACACCUUCAUCAAGUUAAACAAGGAGUUUCAAGCUGAAGAAGCGCCUACAGUCAUCCUGUGUAUCAGCAUGCAGUGGUUUAGAGAAUGGGAGAACUUUGUCAAGGGCAAAGACAACGAGCCACCAGGCCCCAUUGACAACAGCAAGAUUGCAGUAAUGAAAGGCGGACAUAUCCAGCUUAAACAAGGCGCAGACUAUGGGCAGAUAUCUGAAGAAACGUGGCAGUACUUGUUAAGUAUUUAUGGCGGUGGGCCAGAGAUUGCAGUGCGGCAAACAAUCAGCCCCCCAGACACUGACACGCAUGGUGAGAGGAAGAUAGAGGCAGAGACCAGAGCCCUCUGAAAGGGCUGAAGAAAGGAGAGUGCAGAAGGAGGAGGAGAGAAGGAUGCAGAGAGCUGCAGACCACCCAACUGAGCGCCAGUCUUGUCUGCUGGAAAAAGGAUUGUAAUUUUCUUCCCAAUGCUGGACGAUGGUCCGAGUGAUGUGCAUGGACUGAAAACACCACAGAGACUUUAGCAACAGUAGCGACAAUGAUCAAUGUCACACCCAGGAUUCUCAGGGUGGGAGGAUACAGCUUCACUGAUCUUUGACUAUGGCAAAAUAGGGACUGCAUUAGCUUCCGAUAUUCUAUAUGUUCAGAAAGUAAUGUGAUUUCAAACUAAAAACAGGUGUGGUACUGCAUUUUUGAGAUAAACACUCAUCUGCGAUAUCGUGUUCCAGUUUGUCAUGUUACUAACCGACAAUAAGAGAUUGAAAUAUUACUGACCAUGUUCCAAUAUUUGCACACUGACCUUGUAAACUUAUGACCUUUCAGUAAUUCCCUGGCAGUCUUCAGUCUAGCCGAUACGUUUGUGGUCUGCAGUGCACACGCUACAACGAUUUGACUCAUAGUCCUUGUCUUUUCUUGUCUCAAUGCAUCCUUUUCAGUUUUUAUCUUGUACUCCACCUUGUAAUUGUCACUACCUCCAGGCGAGGGUUUGAACAAAGCAUUCCUAGGAAAGACCUACUUAGACAUAGUUGCUUUCUCACGCUCUCUUUUCUUUUCAUAUAGCUCUUUUCACACAGACACAUUCAUUGUUUGCCAUCUUAUGUUGCAUCCAACCAUAUGACGAGUCCAAGCUGCUGUUAAUCAGCGAUUGUGUGACAGCCAGUGCUUGAAUGAGUAAAUGCCUCUAUACUGCAAACGUGUUUCAGUGUGUACCUUUUAAAAGUUGAUGUCAUAUAGGGUGUCAUAUAUGAUGUCAUAUAGUUUUCUGUUCUUGAAAGCAGUUAGCAUCUGACCACAUUUUGGAAAUAACAUACAGCAAUGGGUUGUGCCAUUUGCACGCAGUUGAUUGAUAUGUGGAGUGUGUCUGGCUCACGAAGAGGCCAGACAUCAGUGGACAUGUCUCAUUUGCCAGAGGUCACUCAGCAGGACUACCACAGACUCUCAGGCCUCCACUAUACUUCCUCUUUCUCUGAUGCAGAGGACUGCUGUGAUGACAUCACAAGCACAAGCUCCUCCUCCUCCUCGGACUAUCUCAGAAUAGACUGUUGACACUUGUGGUUUCAGACUUUUGCAGGUUACUCAUACCUUGUGCCGAAUAUUGCCUUUCUUUUUGGCUCCAAAUUCUGUCACUCACAAUGUGACAGUGUGACAAUGAAAUAUGCUUAGUCUGCCCAAAUUAAACUAAUGAGGUCCUUGUCUUGACUCUGUGGAAAGGGAUUGUUCUCUCAUCCACAAUGUUCCGCAGUUCAGUUCCUGCUCAAUUUGAGCAACAAACCCAUUAUUGUCAAGGA